AUGGAGACAGCCGCAGCCAGGUGCCCCCGCUUGGCGUCCGGUCGGGCAUUCACGGUCGGUUGCCCCAGAGUGGCCGUUGCCAUGCUGAAGGGCUUCAAGCGAAUCGAGUCCAAGGCCGGCAGAUCGAAUUGCCUUCCAGUCGGACGGUAUUACCUGCACGUAGGCAAGAAGCCCCUCCCGCCAGCAAUAGCGGACAAGUGCGCCAUCGCCAUCGAGGCGACGUGGCCACGGGCGCCAGAGGCCGACACGCUGCCCCGGUUCAGCGUGUACGGGGCGGUUUUGGUCGGCAAGGUCGUCGACGCCGGCGCCUUGGAGACCCCUUGGGCAUUCGCAGAGUUGCCAAAGGCCCACGUGAUCUUGGAAUCCCAUGAGUUUCAGUCCCCGAUCCAAGGAGUGAAGGGCCAGCAGAGCGCGCGGUACAUCCACGACCCGGGUAAGCAGGGGUCGUUGACCGAGGCCCUGGCGCAGGCGACUCACCGCGUCUCCCCGCCGUUCGCGCCUGAGCUGGCCGACACGAGGGCGACGUCCAGGCCUCGAGGGGCCGCCACUGUCGGCACGCCCUGGCCCCGCAGGUUCCCCGCCAAGCGGCGCAGCGACGCCGGGGUCACGAGGGGCGCCAAGGCCUUGCGCACCCGGCGCGGAGAGAGCCGGAUUCUGCCAGGGCCGCCGGUGCCCGAGGAGAGCGCGGCCAAAGCCCCCGCGUCGCUGGUCGCUCCUGACGCGCCCGCGGGCCGAGGCGUCGAGAGGCGUUCCCUGGCACAGCGCGUGGCGGCUGGGAGGACGUUGUCACGGCUGGUGCAUUUGAUGGACAUGCAUUUCCUCCACGAGCCAGUCGUCUUCGGCACCGCGGAUCCGCCGCGGCCGCGCGGGGGCCUCUUCGCAAUCAGCGGAGGGCAGCUCGCGUUCAUCCUGGGCGUAUUCACCCGCCGGGGGAAGCCGCUCGCGGACAUCGCCCCGCUGGUGGCGUGCCGCGACGGCGGCCGCGAUCUCCUGAAGGCAUCGUACAGUCACGCUACCACGUGCCCCGCAAGCCAUCUCGUCGACGUCGGCCUCCACUGCGCAGUCGCCACCGGGGUCGCUGAUCGACGCGGGGCGAGCAUUCUGUUCGAGGAUGCGCGCGAGUCGCGAUGCGCCUUGCCAGAGCCGAAAGCGGACGACCUGCGCCAGACUCGCCAGGCCGCGCAGGCGUGGGCUGGCGGGGACAUAGAGUUGCCGUGCGAUGGCAGCUGCCACGUGGACCACAGCGUCGGUGAGAUCAUUCUCGCAGGCGAGAAGCGCCUGCGGUCCAUGGCGGAGUCGCGCGCCGCGGCGCGCCGGUUGCCAGUUCGUCUGGGGCCGGUCGCCCAGCGAGUCCGCCACGGGCCGCGCGGCGCUUGGCCGCCGCUUCGGAGAUGGCCUCGCCGCCGCCGAGAGGCCAGGGCGAUGCCGACUCCGAGGGCGCGGGCAGAUCGGCGCGGGGGGGCGCGGGGCGCGGCGGUGAGCAGGUCGCCUCGCACAGGGUUGCAGAAGCAUUUGGACGAGCAGAAGGCGCUUGGCGCGCCGCACCACGCAGCGAUAAACAGCGAGGACCACAAGUGCUUCUGGGUGCUGGACUUGCCUUUGCCCCGGCAGUUCGACGCGAGGCGGAGGCGCUGCCGCACGUGCGCGGCCGCUGGUCUUCCGAACCGUUAUUUCGCCACGGACGUCAGCGACGUGGUGGCCGCUGUGCCGGGCGUGCUCCACUUGCGCUUGGAGAAGCAAGGGUCGGUGUUCAUGACCAAGCAGUUCCUCUUGCACCUCGUCCAGCUCUUCCACGAUAGACUUUGUCUUCGGCAGACUCGCCGCGCUUUAGUGGAGCAAUGCUGCGCUGGCGCUGCAGGGCUCCGAGCAGCCGGGCGAGUCCUCUCGCACUUGCGAGCCAUUCCCACGGCGCCGGGCCUCAAGCAAAUCUUGUUGACGGCGCUCGAGGGCUACCUUGCCGAGGCGACCCGCCACAUGCAGAAACGCAUCAACGUGUACUCGGGCGCCGUCAUCAGGGGCGACGGCAAUUACGAGCAGGCCCGAAAGGUCGCCGUGGAGGGCGACGGUGGGAGAGAUCGCCCGUGCACGGUCCUGCUGGCCUGGGUGACCGUGGACGGGGCGCUCUACCAGCCGCCGACGCUUUCAAGGUCAGAAGAUGUGAAGGAUGCACUGCAGGACCUGGACCCUCUGGUGGGCAGCUUCAAGCAGGACCGGCUGGAGGCAGGUCUCAGCCUAGUGGACUCGGCUCCAGCAGUGCACGCCGUGGACGUCUACGGAAGGCAGCGGUUGCAGCUGAAUGCUUUCUACAGGAGGAUGCACCCGGAGCUCGACGCCGACGCGGCGGCAGGGGCCCCAACGCCGAGGGGCGACACGACGGGCGCUCGGACGUGCUUCGCCGGUUCUCCGACCACAGUGACGGGUGACCCGCUGCACGACACGCUGGCUGUCAUGCGGCUCAUCAGCGCGGCCUCGCCAGACGCGCGCAAUAUGUGCUACGACCACAAAGACAUCCGAUUGCUUUUCGGGUCAACCCGAGACAUCCUGAACCGCUUGUCGCUGCCGCCGCGACGCCCCGCUGCCGCCGCCCCGGUGCCCGCAGAACAGCUGCCCUCUGCACCAGUUGCUGGCCCGCCCGAUGCGGGCGCGGGGGAACCAGCUGCGGAGCCGCUGGCAGUGGAGCACCAUGAGAUGCUGCGCAAGGCAGUGGAAAACACCAAGGAACAGACUGCAGCGGCAAUCAGGGAGAAUCCUGCUUCUGCAGACGCGGUUGCAGCGUACUUGAAGCAGCCGCAAGUGGACCAGGAGCCCACGUGGCGCACCAUUUUCGGCGCGUCGCCGACGCGGGGCGCCGUUCUUCGACUGUGCGCAGCAUUCGGGGUGCAUGCGCACGACACGCUGGGAUACCACGGCUUCGAGACGCUGGCUGGUUUCAAGAAUGCCAUCCGGACGCGCCUCAAGUGGCACGCGCCCGGGCGCAAAACGUGCCGGGCGAGGCGCGGCAUCUGCAGGCGCCUUCAGGCCGGCCCGCGCCUCCACGGCAAGCGCUCGGCCUUGACCAUGUCCGCGCAGGCGCACUACGACCGCCUGCUCAAGCCCCUGCGCCUCGAAGGCUUAUGGAAGUGGCGCGACGCUGCGCUGGCGAUCGCCGAUGCUGGCGCCCCGCUGCAGACCGGCACCGUGGCCGUGGAACGCUGGCGGGCGAGCCUGAAACACAUGAUGCCGGCCAAGGCGGCUUGCAUUUCGGAGAGGUGGUUCCGGGUGUUGGUUGGCCUCGCUUAUUUGCGGCACAACCACCGGCACUUCGCGAGCGGGUCUUUGCCCAGCUGGUGCCAGAUGGACCCUUUGCUGCAGCAGCGUCUGGCAUACUUCGCGGACUGCGCCCAGCUCGUGCAGUCCGAGGGCGACGGCCACUUGAGCACCAUCUUCGACCCGCCAGCGGCGCAGGGCCGGCCGCGGCUCGCCGCCGCGCCCCCCCACGAACAGGCGCGUGCGCGGUCGCGAGGGGCGACCGCGACGUCCAUCGCCUGCUCGGUAGUGGUGACCUUGGAGCGCUUCGCGAAGUCGAAGUGCCCGUCGGCGUCAGUGCGGUCUGUUUUGCGCGGGCAGCGUGUGCUCGUUCUCUCCGAACACCUCGCAGAGACCCAUAGCGCAAGUUUCUCGCCAGACGGCCGAGACGUGCUGACCGCCUCGCAAGACUGGACAGCGAAGCUGUGGUCGGUCUGGUCGGCGGCGACCGGGGAGUGCUUGCUCACGAUGCAGGGCGCCGGGGAUAUC